AUGCGUCCCCUCACAGAACAAGAACUUCGGACGGUGCUGGAGAAACUGACAGUCUAUGUGGGCUCAUCAGUAAAAGAUCUCCUCACUCCCACCGACAGCUCGGGCAAGCCUGAUCGCUGGGUUUUCCGUCUGGCGCAAAGUCGCGUUUACUUUGUUCGCCUUUCUCUCGCCAAUCUAGCCACCUCCAUCGCUCGGGAGAACCUCCUGUCCUGUGGGACAUGUCUUGGUCGUUUCACGAAGUCCGGUAAAUUCCGUCUGCACAUCACAGCCCUCAGUGUCAUCGCCCCAAUCGCUCGCCACAAACUCUACCUGCGCCCUAAUGGAGUCAUGCCUUUCCUCUACGGGGGACACGCUGUAAAGGCACACGUCGCUCGCUGGUCUCAAGAGUGCCCGGAACAUAGUGGUGUUGUGGUUUUCGACUCGGAGGAUAUGCCGCUCGGUUUUGGCAUUGCCGCGAAAGCUCCCGCUGCGGCGCAGCGCGCGAGUCCGACGGAGAUUGUUUGUUUCCGUCAAGCAGAUUGUGGAGAAUAUCUCCGGGAGGAAGACUCGCUGUUCACUGCUUGA